AGCUCCACUGAUACAAUGGCGGGCAAACGUGGUCUGGAUAUUAUUCUGCAUAUAGCCGAGUAUGCACCAAGUAAGGGAGGCUUCGAUCGCGUUCUUAAAAUGAUUAAAAUCACUGGCGGCGGCGAAGGGCGAGCUUUUGGAGAGUUUACUGUGGAAAAGGAGCACUUGAACCAACAGGGGACCUUGCAUAGCGGUCUAACGGGCACAAUCGUGGACAACAUUUCCACCUACGCGAUGAUGUCGACGGGAUCACACCCGGGAGUUACAGCCAAUCUAAAUGUCUGCUACUUGUCGGGCGCAAAGGCAGGAGAGGUAGUUGAAAUAGAUGCCAGAACAGUGCGUGCAGGUCGCAAAAUGGCGUACUUGGAUAUCAUUUUGAAGCGCAAAUCGGAUGGAAUCCUUAUCGCCACCGGGAGGCAAAUCAAGUACAUUGAUUUCGACAAGAAGAAACUGGACUAUUAGAAGUCCACAGCAAUUUCAUGCACACAAAAUUUGAAUAAAAUAAUUUGUCAACGUA